AUGCCCUCCUGGAAGCCAACUCGGCUGCUUUGCGUGUGUAAUACACAGGCUGCCCUUCAAGUCCGCCUUGUCGAGAGUCAGGAUAUACCCGACGGCGCUGAGUAUCUGACCCUGAGCCAUCGCACGGGUGCAGGAAACACUCUCCAACUUACUCGCAGCAACAUUGAAGCCUUCAAGUCCUCAAUUCCUGUUGAUGAGCUCUCCUGCCUCUUCAUGGAUGCAUGCAACACCACCAAAAGACUGAGUCACGAAUUCCUCUGGAUCGACACACUCUGUAUAAUUCAAGAUGACCCUGCUGAUUGGCAGCAUGAGGUUGGCAGCAUGGCUUCCAUCUACGGGAACUCAUGGCUCAACCUCUCGGCUGAUGGGAAUGAUGCGGCUGAACACGGGCUCUUCUGUCCUUCUAGCAAACGAGCCGACCGCCCAUGGCUCCCAGAAUAUAUACAUCGUGAAUGGGGCGAGGGAUUCCCUCGUAAUUAUUGCAUAUCCGACUACCACAACUGGUGGGAACGCAUCUCAGACUCGAAGUUGAACCGAGGAGCCUGGGCUCUCCAGGAGCGUGUUUUAGCGCCAAGGGUCCUGCAUCUGGGACUUGAACAAGUUGCUCUCGAGUGUUCCUCGAACGCGGUGUGCGAACGACUGCCAUAUGGUGAUGCAACGAUAUGGCACGACACUGCCAUCUUGACUUCAUUAAAAAAGUUUAUUCUCGACGCACGAAACAAAGACCUGGCUCGUCUAACUCCUGAGAAUGCUUUUCGGAACUGGAAUCAAAUAGUUCGAGCUUACUCUCAAGGACAGCUCACGGUUGAGACGGACAAGCUUGUUGCACUAUCAGGCCUUGUCGAUGUGCUCCACCCCGUCUUCCGCCAUAUGAUGGAGUCAGAAGAGCAAGUCGGAGAUGGCCAAGGGAGACAUGAUGGGAGCCCGGCUUCGGCACCUGGGAAGCGUUACGACGAGUAUGUUGCUCCGACAUGGUCUUGGUUCUCUGUCAAGGAUACUGUCAUUGAACCACAGGAAGUGAGUUUCGUGGAUAUUUACUUCACAAAAGUCAUUGAUACAAAUAUCGUCCCCCAUGGGACGCUAAAUCCAGCAACACCUUCUAGUGCCUUGAGGUACUGCUCCUCCCUUGGUUCGUUUCUCCGUCUGCGGUGUUCCUACCUACCCAUCGUCGAAUUGGGAUCCGUGAGCGGUAUGAAACUCGUGGACUUUGGAGCUGCAACUUGUGAGAAAGACCUUGGAGAUGAAGUGAUCGAGGUUCAAAGUAAAAACUACUGGGAUGUGCAGUUUACUCAAGAGGCUAUAGACUGCAAAUCGCCCAUAGCGGUCCCCGCCUUUGCAGACAUGGCGUACUUCACCAACCCCGUACAUUGCCUCGUUCUAGACGAAAGGGAUGAUGAGAACGGGGACCGAUGGCACAUUCGACUUGGAACCUUCGUGAUCACUCAUCUUGAGGAUGUGAAAAAGUUCUGGAAGGGGAUCGAGGACUUUGAUCAACGUAUGCCGGAAGACUGUGAGAGGUAUGAUGGGCUGUACAGAUUCAAGGAACUGGAGAGGAGCAAGUCGACGUAUGUGAAGACGGUUGAGGUUUUGUAA